AUGAUAACUCCUCCACCAAAUACUGCUAAUACCUCCGCAAUGGUCGAUUCCGCUGCCUCGAUAUCUAAAUGUAGCCAGGAACUCACCCAAGCAUUCGUAGACAACAUUAAAAGUCUUAUAAGGGAAAGCAUAAACUAUUUAAAUUCCAAUGCUGCCAAAAAGGCAAAGAAGGAGGACUUAGUCAAGUUUUUCCAAAGAAACGUAAUAAACCUAAACACUAGCUGCAACAAUUUGCAAAAAUCAAUCAGACUCUCUAAUUCUCUGGGUGAGUUCGUGGCUAGGGUCGACGAUACUCUGUCGAACCUGAAAUCCAAGCUGAGUGCCGCCACACCCAGCAGCUCUCAUGCCAGCGCUGCGAGUGUGGCACCCACCUUCGCGGAAGCUACUAAAAAGACCAAAAUCAAAAUCGGAGGUAAUAAAUCAGUAUCUGCUACAAAAAUCCACAAAAUAGAAAUCACACCUAUUGAUGAAAGCAAAUUUGCCUCUUUAAGUGAUGUAAAGAUCAGCAUUCUAAAAGGGGUGGACCCAGCCAAAAUUGGCUUCAUCCCAUCAAAAAUUUACCACACCCCAAACAAGGGCGUUGUGAUUGACUCACGGAACCCAAACAUUGUCAAGCUCCUAGACCAACCGCAGUUGGCGUCUCUAAAUCUGAAAGCCUCGACUCCUUCUAAGGCGCGCCCUCGCCUCUCUCUAUUUAACGAAGUAUUCACAAGCAGAAUUGCUGUGCUUGUGGAUAAUGGCCUUACCUUCCUAGCCUCUAGUGCAUGUAGGAAAGGCAGAAAAGACGAUGCCAUCGAUAACAUCUUUAAAACUUUCAAAGAAAUAAAAGCGGACAUGAUCAAUCUUUCCAAGGCUCAAAAAGCUGUUGCUAAUACAAGGCUCUUAGUCAAAUCCAUCAGUUCGACUUUAAAUAGCAUUACCAUUAAGGAGUCUGUGUCCGCUCCAACUUCAAUAGCUGCUUCCACCAGCGCUACAUAUGCCAAUGCUGCUACCAAAGGCAAAGUCAAAGCAGUCGGCAGCAAGACUGUUUCUACCAAACCCAUUCAUAAGGUCGAGAUAUCACCUAUUAACCCUGAUGACUUCGCAAAUGCGGAGCUCGUCAAGUGCAGAGUUCUAGAUGAGGUUAAUCCUGCUGACAUGGGCUUUGUCCCAUCCAAGCUAGUAAGCUCAAAGUUUUCUUUUGAACUCGCCAACUCUUUGCUUCGGAGCGAAGAAGGCACAUUUUUUGUGGCCCAGAGGUUCCGUGACUUUGUCGGAAACGACCAGACUAUGUCUGGGUUCGGCAAAUCUAGGAGACCAUCGGCCCCACCUAACAUUCAAGGGGCCAAGACAAGGACGCCCCAGGCGUCCACUACUAAACCACGCCCGCUGCCUAAUAGGAUUCUGGGCUUUCCCCCAACCACCAUAAGGGGGGCGAGGGCAAAACAGAGAGGUGAGCAAGCAAGGGACAAUCCCGCUAACGGGCCCCAUUCUAUUCCGGGGUCCCAACCCUCCCUAAACUGCACAAAGUGUGGCCUGGGUUUUCCCACGGCCGCCUUACUACGGCAAGAUGUCUUAAAGCACCAGUGUGGCGACAGAAAUAAGUGCCCGUAUUGCGGAUUGAUACUAUCAUCCUACAAAAGCGCGAGGGCACAUGAACGUAAGUUACACCCGGUAGAGUCCGCUGCUAGCAUUGAGAUCCUGCGGCCCAUGCCGGACGCUGAGGUCUUACAGACCUUGGCAGGCAUUGAGGCGAAAACCUCAGCACGUGGCUUACUCAAGGGAAUGUCAGUAGCGACUGGACUCACUGUGGACCAAGUGGAACAUAGGAUGCGACGCCCUGAUUAUGAGAGAUACCUCGAGGUUGCGAAGCGCAGAAUCUCGCGCCGUCAAUCUCACAGAGUGUGUCCCCCGACAGACCAUCUGUCGGCGAGUUAUGUUGCCCCGGCUGCCGAUGAGACAGCGCCGCAACUUUUUUCCACCACGGAGGUCGAGUCAAGCCGGAAGCGUCGUCGCGCUGUGUCUCCAGCCGCUUCUUUGCACAUACCCAAGCGAAAGAGGAGUGUCACGGACACCAGUGAUACCGGCGAUUCGGGUGAUGAUGUUCCACAACAUCGAACUACCCCCACUAUCUGGUUAUCUCCAAUAGCCGGUCCCUCCUGGGAAAAUUCCCAAGAUACAGCUCCACGCAGAAUGCCUAUUGAACUUGACGAUCGUUCGAAUUUCCCCUCCGGGUCUGCUCACGCGGGUCUCCCCAACCUGCUACCGCAAGACAUCUCGGUACUCCGCGAAGACCAACUCCUUUCGGAGUUCGCUGAGUACCUACGGGAUGUGCGACCUGGCCACAAGAAGUUGUUCUUCAAACAAAAUGGGGAAUGGAUGGGGCUUCUGGUCAAAGUGAAUUCAAGCAAAGUUUACGAGAGUAGCGUUGCAUCUGACUCUCAUCUGUUUAUGACUUCUUUGGUUCCUUUAACGAUCACAGCGGCCGGCACAGACAUUUGGAAGAACACGCGUCCGUCCUCAACGAACUAUUGUAGAGCCCUACAUUUUCAGUACAAGAAGGAAACCCCCGAACUGAUCAGACUUGAGAAAAAUCGCGUUUACACUGAAAUCUCGGAAUUAUCCGACACCUUAUAUGUUCAAUUUCAAUCGAAAAUCGUAUUAAAAUCAUCGAAACCUAUAACGAAAAUGGUCGUUGCGUGA